GCUUUCAGUCGCGCGGUUCACGUUGCGUAGGUAACGUCCCGUAAACAAGUCCUUGUUGCCAAAGUGUCGAAGCCUUGGAACUAUGGUCGCGAUUUUUUCGGUGCUAAUUUGUUCAAUUAGAAAGAUUGCUAAAGUUAGUUAUCUUAUUGCCACCAGGUGCGGCCGAUAAUUUGGAAUCUGUUGCGCUAAAAAGCACGCAAAACAAACGACAAUCGCGCGAAAGGAGAAAAAACGAAAAACGCAAAAGAAAACAAACGAAACAGUGAAAAACAACGUAAAACGAAUAAUUACGACGAACAAGAUAACAAUUUACGACAGACGCCAAAAAGCAAAGAGAUAAAAAAGGGAAAAAAACACAAGAAAAGUGCUUUGUUUGCCAAACGAGAUGCAUUUUGCGUAAAGUAAGUGCAGUGAACGGAAUAAAUCAGAUCGGAGAUUGAAACAGAGGAAAAAAUGAGGAGUGAAAGAAAAGAAAAAAGUAAGAGAAAAAUGAGCCAUUUGACAGUGAAUCACCAAUCGUGAGUGAGUGAGACCGCAGCGGUGGUUUUUCGAUCGAUUUGCGCGCCUACCUGUUUGGUACUCCUCCGAGCCUCCUCUCUACCGCGCGGUGCAACGCGCUAUGGAAUGCUUCGACGUUGAUGAUGAUGUUGAGGACCUGUAGCCCGCGCGAGCUUGAGCCUGGCCCGUGAGUUCUGAAGUUGCCGCCGUCGCGCGUUCGUCAUCGACCGGCUUUGCUCCUCGCUGAACUACAGCGGAGAGGAGCUUUUGAUUAAGGUGCGAGGUCAUCCGUGCGCGUUUACCCAUUCGUUACAGUGAAUUACACCUUAUAGAGUGCCGCGGGUUCUAGGAGAUGACGAAGAAGUGUUCCUUGUCCCGGGGUAGAAACAACCACGCAACUAGUUUCUAGUGUGAUUGUGAUGUUGACGGCGACCUGCUGAAGAGAAGCGUGAUCGAUUUUGAGUGAUAAAAAUUACAUCCAAAAGAGCCUUGUGCCAUUUUUGUGCCAGUUAUACAGAAGAAAGUAGUCCAAGAAGUGUUUCAGUGAAGGUGCCAUAUCGGGGGAAAUUGGUCGACAGAACCAAAUUCAGUGAUAAAAGAGCAGUCUGUGAAGUUUAACGAGAAUCGACUCAAUCUGCAUGUAAAGCGAAUCGACGAGUGACGUGAAGAAUUAAUGAUCAAUUGCUAAUCGGUGGUGCUUUAAAACGGUGGCUACUAAAUAAUGGAAUACCAGACGAUGACAAUGGAUAACGACGGAGCCGAUAUGGCCAGGAACGUCGUCGUCCACGACGACGAAGAGUACGAAGCAUUGAUGCCGAAGCAGCGAUCGCCGGCGAGGUGCCCUGCCGAGGAAGUCGUCGGAGACCUGGACGACGACGAAGACGUCGGAGACUUCAAAGAGCGCUAUGAAUGUCGAUUCGAUGGCAGCUGGUCCGAUAACAACUUGAACGAGAAGCAAAACUACGCCGACCAGGAGAAGGAAGACCCCGUCUACGAGCAGCAACAGCAGCAGUACCGACCGCCGGAUCCGUUCCUCGAGAUUCCGGACCCGCCGGAGCACCUGGAGCUGCAGCCAUGCCCAAUUUGCGCGCGCAACUUUGUGCCAACCUCACUGGUCAAACACAUCGCCAUCUGUGAGCGGAUGCAGUCCAAGAAGCGCAAACCGUUCGACUCGUCCCGCCAGCGGCGCGAAGGAACCGAGCUGGCCUCGUACCUGCCGAAGAACUUUGGCCUGCCCCAGAACCACCCGCAGGCCCGCGUUUCCCCACCGAAAACGACAAACCCCGUUCGGAAGCUCAGCACAAGCAAAACGCCGACCCCUGAGCGGAAAGACUACAGCGGGGCAGGCAGCAACAACAACUCAAUGUCCACUUCACAAACGCUCGCCACAAUGUCUUCCUCCGGCGGGGGUGGCGGAGGAUCCAACACCCACCAAACCACAGCAACGGGUGCAACGACACCGCGACCGAUCCUGAAGCGCAGCCUGUCCCAGCAGAACGAACCCUGCCCGUACUGCGAGCGGUGCUUCGGCUUCAAGGCGUACGAUCGUCACGUCGAGUGGUGCCGCGAGAAGGCUCUGCUCAACAAGAACAUCCAGCACCACCAGUCCAGCGUCGCCAAAGAGAGGUUGCAAGCGAGGAUCCAGUACAAAGCACCGCAACUCAAAUCAAAACGUGCCUUAAACCGUGAGAAGUACUCCGGCAGUCUAAGCUGCGGUGGCUCCACGAGCAGUCUAGCCGAUUUGGAUCUGCCCUUCCCGCGACACCGGAGUCAUCUCAACUCGAUGAGCUCGUCUCUCUCCAGUGAUAACAAAUCCGACCACUCCGGAUCUCUGAAGAAGAUCCCCUCGAAUGACCCCGGCGCCGUUGGGUACGCCGGUGACCGGAGGGGAGGAACCCUCCCCGGGAAGAAGCGUGAAAUUAGGGCAAAUCUGCUAGAGAAUGAGAAUUUCAGGAACGACAGCAACAACAACAACAACCCAACCGGAAAGAUCUUCGGCAACAAUCUGCUCAUCCGGUCGACGCAGGACGUACGCCGCGAGAAGGAGCAGGCCGUUUCGGUGGAGCGCGUCGAGCGGCUCGAGCUCGUUGCGACGGGUCGCGCCGGAGAGCAGCGAGUUCCGCUGAAGCGUGGCGCCACCAAGAUUGUAAAGUGCAACAAGAGCGACGCUUCCUUCUUCGAUCCGCACAAGCAAACGAAGAACGCGCCGCCUCCUCCGUUGGCCGAACGAAGCUCGUUGAGCUGUACGGCGGCUUCCGGCAUCCAGAAUAACCCGAGCCAGGAAACGCUCGCCAGCAAGUCUAGCUUUGAAACUUUUGAGCAGUACUUUUACUACUACGAGAAGCAAAAUCGACAGAAGGAUCGCGACUUGGGUCACGAAGAGUACGAGGGGUUCGAGGAUGAAGAGUUGGAGAUUCCGUUUACGAACACUAUGAAGCGGACCAAGGGAAAGUCUGGGCAGUCUGGGAAGCGACGGGGUCGUCAUGGGGUGGCGCAGGGUGGGUUGGAGGAGGAUGACGACUUUGUGCCUCCGUUUUACGACUCGAACGAGUUGCGACCGAUCGUUGAUCGGUCCGGUGGUGGUGGUCCAGGAGGUGAAGGUGGUUCCGCUAGUCGCCGCAAGGGGUCGCGUAUUCCGAAGAAGGUCACGCUGCACCAAAUGCACCAAGAUUCGCAAGAUCCGUCCAGUGGUGGUGGGAAAAAUCACGCAAUGCUUCCUAAGCUGUUUUGUACGGAGCGGGUAGAGAGCUUCGAUUUGAGUCGCGAUCGGAACGAAAUCAUCCAUGGCUACACGCCGGACCGGUACGACCCGUUUUUGUCGGCGAAGCGGCAGCUUGAGGAGCUGUUCUCACCGACCUCUAGCUUUAACACUUCGACCAAACAACAACAGACUUCCAACAGCCGCGUGACGAGUCCGGCGACGCCCAGUCCGACACAGGCUAUGAGCAAGUCGGUUGUGGUUCCGGCGACGACCAAGACGACCUCCCCCAACAUGAACCUCUCCAACUUCCGACGCGCUUCGUCGCUGCGAAUGCCCCGCAAGGUGUCGCGGCCAAUGUUUAUCGAGAAGGCCAAAUCCAACAUCCAGAAGGGCAUCACGGACGACGGGCCGGUAUCGCCGAAUUUUUUGAAGUCGUCCGAGUACGACGAGAUUCCGAUCAAGUCCGUGUUCAACGCGGCACAAAUGGCGGAGAAGCCGAAAAUGCGCGACUCCAGCUCGGUUCGACGAAAUCUCAAGCUGGAUAUUAAAGAUCCGAACAUGCCCGCAACGGAUGUUCCGCUUUCGAAGACAGACUCGCUGGCGGUAUUUUUAAAGUACGAACACGAGCUUAACCUGCUCAUGAGCGAAAAGGAGAUGAAAGACAAGAGUAACAGCUUGAGCAAGCGGUCCGCUUCGCUGACCGGACACGAGCGAAAGGAGACAUACAGUCCGAGCGUGAACUGUAAAAGCAACGAGCGAUCGUCGCCGAGCGAAAAGGAAAAGCCCGAAAAGCCUGUUCAGGAGAUUCAACCGAUCAAGAAGGUCCCACAAAAGCUUGUUCCGAUCAAGCUUGAUCCAAUUAACAUAACCUACAACAACAACAACAGUAACAGCACAAGCAAACCUACGGUCAUCUCGCUGGACGCGAUCCUCGGCAAGAGCAGCACCAAACCAAAGGCUCCACCGGAGGAAAAGCUGAUGACCCGCAAAGAGUCCACCAACUACAUCGAUCCCAAGCUUAUCAACAGGUGCGACAACCUACCGAUCAUGGUCACCAAGCUGACCAAACCGGAGCUGAUCGAGACGAAGCCGACUGUGCCGGCGACGACCAUUCCCAAAGUUUCACCCGAACCUCCGAAACGGCUAAAUGGUACAAGUCCCGAUACUGAAGGUGGCGGUGGCAAAGCGACCGACAACCGCCUCAGCGACCUCAGUACAAAGAGUGACGACUCCAAACCGACGUUGACGCGACAAAACGGGACUUCAGCUUCGCGAAGUUCCGAAAGCAGCAGCAUCGGAGAUAGUAGUCGCGAGCCAAGUCCGCCGAGCCAACGCAGCGAACACAAACCGAACCAAGAUGCCAAAUCACAGUCGCCGGACUCGGGCGUUGAGCGAUCGACGCCCACCAAGCAGCCGGCGUCCACUCCAAUUGCCGUCCAGAAGCCGGAACGACCUCCGCUGCCAUCAUUUGACGACUUUGACUUUGAGGAGUUCAUCUCCUCGUUUGAAGACGAACGACGAUCCUUUCAGAAUGCCUUCUACUCUCGUAACGCGACUUCCAACAACAACAACAGUAGUACUAGUAGUUUCAACCAGCGUGUGACCAACAACAGUUUUACCGAUAACAGUGUGAAGAGUGCCGUGAAUGGUAGUAGUACUAGCAACAACAACAACAACACCAGUAGCCCUAGCCACUUUGCAGCAUCAAAACCCCUCACCAGCAGCCAAUCUUACUACAAACCUCUCAAUAUCAACGGUAGAUCUGAAGAAGAGGAGACCCGCCAGAAGUCCCCGCAAGUGCCGCCACGUCGACACCAACCGGCGCCGCCGCCGGAACAACCACCCAGCACGAUCCGGAACCUGCCCAGCAUUCAACCCGUCGUCGCCAAGACCCUUCCAGGAUCCCCAACCCCAAACAAUCCGAACUCCAUCUUCCCCUACGGACCACCGUCCAACGACACCAACAACAACAACAACAACAACUCCGUCAAGUCCAGCCCCUCAUCAACAUCGCGGCUUGGUAGCGGUAACAACAACUCGUUUAACAACUCUCCCCUAACAGCAACAACCCAUCAGCCAUAUCAGCAGCAGCACCAACAGCACACAACACUUUCGAAAACCACAUCCGCCACAAAUCACAUGAUUUCAGCUACUCCGUCGCCGCCGCCGCCGCCCCAACUGGCCAACUCAGCCGCCUCGACCGCAUUCCUGGACGAUCUGUCGCCGACCGAGCGGGAUCUCAUGAAGAGCGUCCAGGAGCUGGACCGGAUGUGCGAGUCGUCCUCGUCGAUGUACCCGGCGGACUCGGACGAAGUUUCGAGCGUGGAGGGCUAUCCGCUGUCGGGAGGGGGAUCCAGGGACGGUGGGCAGCGCGGUCAUCGGCCCUCCGAGGGAUCCAAGUUUAGCGCCGAUUCGGCGUACGGCAGCAGUCUGUCCCGGCAGUCACCAAACCAACAGGACUCGCACCAUACGCACACGGUCCGCCGGACGCAUCAUCACCACCACCACCACCGAGGAGGUGCCACUAGUCAACAGCAGCAGUUGCUCCUGCAGCAGGACGCGUUCGACAAUUCGAGCGGUUCCGAGUCGUCUCUGCCGCCGAUUACGACGGCCACCCUCAAGGCGCAAAAGAUUGAGCUGCACUCGCACGGCAGCAGCACGAAGCUCGCGGCGGGACCCACUGCAACGGCCGCCGCCGCAGCCAUGGCGGCCAGCCAAAUGUCCAAGUUUUGCCACGAGUGCGGGUCGCGCUUUAUGAUCAGCACGGCCAAGUUUUGCAUGGAGUGUGGCGUCCGGCGGAUCAUGCUGGACUAGAGAGAGACUACUUUGUUAUCAAUAUGUAUGUGUCUGUGAACAAUAAAAAUUUUCGUUUGUUUUGCCCCUUAUUUAUCACACUUGAACCGCACACAGAUUAUCAUUUUCAUCAUUUUUUAAGUUACCGAACCUAAUUGAGCUGAUCCGCUGAAACACUGCAGAACAUAGGCCCCAAAAAAAAAACAUUAACAAGACUGAAUCUGUAAACAUCUGAACAAGAGUUUAGGAGCCAAUGAGGAAAAAUAAAAGAAAAGUACUAACAAGAAGAAGCAGUAAACUUAAUUUUCUAAUGCAUAAUUGAUUGUUAAAAGAUCCCCACACGAGAUCAGAACAAGAAUUCGAGGACGACACGUAGGGAACAAUAGAGCCAAAAGGUUCGAACUUUCGUUUACGUACUAUUUAUAAUGCACUAAUUUGCAAACUUGAACCUUUGAACAAACAUGAAAAAGUAGGCAACAAUGAUGCGAUUCAAAAACUGAAACAAAAACUGUCUGUUUAUCAAGAGGAAACGAUACCCAAUGUUUAACAAUGCAUUUUAACACAGUCUAACACAGAAGUCAAUACAUUUAAAAGUUGAAUAAAA